GCCCGCCGCCGCGCGCCCCCUGCUCGCUCGCUCGCCGGCUUUAAAGUCUCUGCCAGGAUCCAUGCUCACAUGUUACUUCCUGUAUGGAGGCAUGGCCAGUUUCCAGCCCCGCGCUCCUCGUUCCUCCCCAGCCUGCGCUGGAGCCACAACUUUCAGGAGCAUGGACUGAAGGCGCCCUCGCCCCAGCGCCACUGUGAGAUCCUUUGUGUUUUCCUGCGUUUCCUCCGGCCGUUUCUAUUUUGGGGGGCUCUUGGCUCCCCCCGCCUCUCCCCUCCCCUUCCCCGCUCGCAAACAUGCCUCCUUCCUUCCCCGGGCCCUGGAAGGAGCUGCCUGCCUGAAGCCCGGAGACGCCGCGUCGCGCUCAGCCCCGCCGCCGCCCGCCGGCUCUCGGGCUGCGCUGCGCCGCCGACUCAAGUUGGGGAUCUUCGGCUGCUCGCCGCUGCCGCCUGCGGUCCCUGCCUGCCCCGGGCCCCGGGCAUCGUCGCCGCCCACCGAUUACUCGCCCUGCUCGCUCGGCUUGCUCUUUUUUUGAACGGAAAGCAGCCCAUCUCCACCGAGGAUCGUCCCCAGCGUGGCUCCGCGUUCCCGGUCACUUUUUUGAGAUUUUUCCGGGGGGCGCUCGGCGGCUUCCCGGAUUCCAGGGGGACUCGGGCCGCCGAGCGCGGGGGGCCCGUAGAGCGGGCGAACAGGGGACGAGCCAGGGCUUAGCGGAGGCUCACACGGAGACAAGAACUUAUUCAACAAGUUUACCCCCCUGCCUUCCUCUUUUCGAUGUGCGUUUUCGGACAUGCGGAGGUUACUGGAACCGUGUUGGUGGAUUUUGUUCCUGAAAAUCACCAGUUCCGUGCUCCAUUAUGUCGUGUGCUUCCCCGCUCGGGUAUGCAGCCAGUGGGUUGGCCGUGGUUUUCUUUUUCCUGAUGUCUCAGGAAGCUUGAAAUCCAAAAUGGGACCUCCAGUGAUGCCGCCUUCGUGGGUCUUGGACAGUUUUCAUCUUCCACAUUUUCUUUUCGUGCCCACGCUGCGAGCCUUGACGGAAGGCUAUGUCGGGGCCCUGCACGAGAACAGACACGGCAGCUCAGCGCAGAUCCGCCGGCGUAAGGCCUCAGGUGACCCGUACUGGGCCUACUCAGGUGCCUAUGGUCCUGAGCACUGGGUCACGUCUAGUGUCAGCUGCGGGGGCCGUCUCCAGUCUCCCAUAGACAUUGUAGACCAGCAUGCACGGGUCGGCGAAGAGUACCAGGAGCUGCAGCUGGAUGGCUUUGACAAUGAGUCUUCUAACAAAACCUGGAUGAAAAACACAGGGAAGACAGUUGCCAUCCUUCUGAAGGACGACUAUUUUGUAAGUGGUGCUGGCCUGCCUGGCAGAUUCAAAGCCGAGAAAGUGGAAUUUCACUGGGGACACAGCAAUGGCUCUGCGGGCUCAGAACACAGCAUCAACGGGAGGCGCUUUCCUGUCGAGAUGCAGAUUUUCUUUUAUAAUCCAGAUGACUUUGACAGCUUUCAAACCGCAAUUUCAGAAAACAGAAUAAUCGGAGCCAUGGCCAUAUUUUUUCAAGUCAGUCCAAGGGACAAUUCCGCACUGGAUCCUAUUAUCCAUGGGUUGAAGGGCGUCGUACAUCAUGAGAAGGAGACCUUUCUGGAUCCUUUUGUCCUCCGGGACCUCUUGCCUGCGUCCCUGGGGAGCUAUUACCGGUACACAGGUUCUCUGACCACCCCACCGUGUAGCGAAAUCGUGGAGUGGAUCGUCUUCCGGAGGCCUGUCCCCAUCUCUUACCAUCAGCUCGAGGCUUUUUACUCCAUCUUCACCACGGAGCAGCAAGACCACGUCAAGUCGGUGGAGUAUCUGAGAAAUAACUUCCGACCACAGCAAGAGCUGAAUGGCAGGGUGGUGUCCAAGUCUGCGGUCCGAGACGCCUGGAACCACGACAUGACAGACUUCUUAGAAAACCCACUGGGGACAGAAGCCUCUAAAGUUUGCAGCUCUCCGCCGGUCCACAUGAAGGUGCAGCCUCUGAACCAGACGGCGCUGCAGGUGUCCUGGAGCCAGCCCGAGACCAUCUACCACCCGCCCAUCAUGAACUACAUGAUCUCCUACAGCUGGACCAAGAACGAGGAUGAGAAGGAGAAGACGUUCACGAAGGACAGCGACAAGGACUUGAAAGCCACCAUUAGCCAUGUGUCCCCCGAUAGCCUUUACCUGUUCCGGGUCCAGGCGGUGUGUCGGAAUGACAUGCGCAGUGACUUUAGCCAGACGAUGCUCUUCCAAGCUAAUACUACUCGAAUAUUCCAAGGGACCAGAAUUGUUAAAACAGGAGUGCCCACGGCGUCUCCUGCCUCGUCGGCCGACAUGGCCCCCAUCAGCUCGGGCUCUUCCACCUGGACAUCCUCCGGCAUCCCCUUCUCAUUUGUCUCCAUGGCAACUGGGAUGGGCCCGUCCUCUAGCGGCAGCCAGGCGACCGUGGCCUCGGUGGUCACCAGCACACUCCUGGCCGGCCUGGGCUUCAGCGGUGGUGGCAUCCCCUCCUUCCCCAGCACGGUGUGGCCCACACGCCUGCCCACGGCCGCCUCUGCCAGCAAGCACGCCGUCAGGCCCGUCCUAGCCACUACGGAGGCCUUGGCUUCCCCAGGCCCCGACGGCGACUCGGCACCGAGCAAGGACAGCGAGGGCACAGAGGAAGGGGAGAAGGAUGAGAAAAGUGAGAGUGAGGACGGGGAGCGGGAGCAUGAGGACGAGGGGGAGAAGGACCCCGAGAAGAAGAAAAGCGGGGUGACCCACACUGCCCAGGAGCCAAGGCAGGACAAGCCCACCCCCACCCCCUCGUCCUCCAACAGGACUGCCGAGGAGGGGGGGCAUCAGACUCUGCCCGGGCCCAGGCAGGACCGCACUGCCGUCCCCACAGAUCAGCCCGAUGACGUGAGGGAUGCCCACCCCGGCCUGGACUCUGGCUUGGUCACCUCCACCCAAGUGCCCCCCACAGUCACAGAGGAGCGUUUCCAAGGGAGCGAUUCCAGGAGGCCCCCGAUGCCAUCGAAAAAGCCCAUGUCCCGAGGGGACCGAUUUUCUGAGGAUAGCAAAUUUAUCACUGUUAAUCCAGCCGUGAGCCCCGCUGCCCUUCCCAGCCCCGCACGGCAGCCAUCGGAGCCUCAUUUGCGCCACCUGGAGCUUUCGGGCAGUAUAAAGGAGAGUAGGUUCCUUCUGGAAGCUCCUGGGGACUUGGGAAGAUCCUCGGGGCCUGUGAGAACCAGAGGGAAGAGCUGCUUGG